AUGGCGUUUCAGGCUUCGACAAGCGUGGAAGCGGAGGGGUGGCAGCACAAUUUGAGAGCCAAGCUCGUUGAACUGCUCGGCGAUUUUCCGGGCAAGAGGUGCGAAUUGCUGCCCAGAGUCACGGAAACGAGGGAGUUCCCGACUUAUACCCGUGAAACGGUGCUGUUUCAAAGCCGUCCAAACAUGACCGUUUUCGGCUAUCUGUUGCUGCCUAAAGAUUUUGAAACGCCGGGUCCCACCAUCCUUUGUCUACAUGGACACGGACGCGGUGUUGACGACAUCGUUGGGAUUCAGGAAGAUGGCACAAUGCGAACCGAAUACGGUGAGUACCAAAACGACUUUGCCCUUCAGUGUGUCGAUCGGGGUUACGCCGCAUUGGCAAUUGAGCAGUUCGGAUUUGGGCAUCGCCGAGAUGAUGUAGCGUGUCAACGGGGGGCCGGCAAUUCAUCGUGUCAGCCCUCUUCCGGGGCAGCAUUUCUGCUCGGACAGACGAUGAUUGGCUGGCGGGUUUACGAUGCGAUGCGAUCUCUCGACUACCUUUCAACACGCCCUGAGAUCGACAUGAACCGCAUUGGCGUUAUGGGAAUCUCUGGCGGCGGCACGACAACCUUUUACUCGGCGGCAAUAGAUGAGCGGUUCAAGGCUGCUGUCGUCAGCGGCUAUUUCAAUACAUUCCGCGACAGCAUCUUGAGUAUCAGCCACUGUAUCGACAACUAUAUCCCCGGUGUUCUCAAGUACGCGGAGAUGUAUGACAUCGCUGGCUUGAUUGCCCCGCGGGCAAUGUUCGUCGAAUCCGGCACGGAAGAUACUAUCUUCCCAAUUGAUGCCACCCGAUUUGCGUUUGACCAAGCGCAAGAAAUUUUUCGUGUCUUCGGUGCCGAAGAUCAGUUGGGGCUUGAGGUGUUUGAAGCUGCCCAUAGCUUUCACGGGGUUGGGGCAUUUCAAUUUCUCGACCAAAAGUUGUGA